CAUCCUUCCAUUUCAUCACCUCAACUCGAUCACAGUAUUUCCCACAACAAAUCCCUUCUACUUCUUAAUCUGUUUUUUCUCCAUACAAAAGACAAAUGGCCUCUCUUAAUACAAGUGUAAUCUUCACACUUUUUCUCACAAUUUCUCUACUUCAUUUGAUUUCAGCUAGACAACUAAUUGAAUCAGACCAACUACUUAAGUUUCAAUACCACAAAGGCCCUCUACUUAGUGGCAAAAUUUCUAUCAACAUCAUUUGGUAUGGAAAAUUCAAACCAUCCCAACGAGCAAUAAUCACAGAUUUCAUAAAUUCACUCUCUUCUCCCAAACAAACCACAACAUUGCAACCCUCAGUUGCCACGUGGUGGAAAUCAACAAAAAAAUACUACCACCUCACCAACAACAAGAAAUCAGUUAAUCUCGCUCUCUCCCUCGGUGCUCAAAUUCUUGAUGAGAAUUACUCUUUAGGCAAAUCACUCACAACUAACCAAAUCCUAAAACUCGCAUCUAAAGGACCACAAAAAGACUCUAUUAACAUUGUUCUCACAUCUGCUGACGUGGCAGUCGACGGUUUCUGUUCAAGUAGGUGUGGGACCCAUGGUUCGUCUAAUGGUGCACGCGUGAAUGGCAAGAGAUACAAAUUCGCGUACAUUUGGGUUGGGAAUUCAGAAACUCAGUGUGCUGGUCAAUGCGCGUGGCCAUUUCACCAACCAAUUUAUGGCCCACAAAGCUCACCAUUGGUUGCACCAAAUAACGACGUGGGUCUUGAUGGAAUGGUUAUCAAUGUUGCUAGUUUAUUAGCAGGAACCGUAACUAAUCCUUUUGGUAAUGGAUAUUUUCAAGGACCUAAAGAAGCUCCUUUGGAAGCUGCUUCUGCUUGUACUGGUGUUUAUGCUAAAUGUGCUUACCCUGGUUAUGCCGGAGAUCUCUUGGUGGACCCCACAACGGGUGCUAGCUAUAAUGCAAAUGGCAUUAAUGGAAGGAAGUAUUUGUUGCCUGCUCUUUUCGAUCCUAAAACCUCAGCUUGUUCUACAUUAGUAUGAAGAAAGAUAAUGUUUUAGUUGUUAGGAAAUGAUAGAUUCUUUGAUUUUUUCAUUCAAUUUAUUAUUACGAUGUCGAAAAUUAUUAUAGUAGUGUUACAAAUUUAUAGUACUAGAAAUUUAAUAUAUCAUAAAUUAUAUCAACUGAUUAAAGAGAAAUCCAAAAAUCUAUCAAAUGGGGUUAGAAUAUUACUCAAUAUUUCUUUUAUACUAAA